UUAUGGGAAGGGGUAAAUAACACUUGCCUAGUCACUUUCUCAACGGCUCUAGCAUAGCCUUCCUUAGUUCUCUCUUUUGAAGCUGAACAGUCCUACUCACUUUAAUCUCUCCUUGUAUGGAACCUGUAUCCCCUCGUAAUUUCUGUUGUCCUUUUCUGUACCUUUUCCAAUUUUUAUAUACACACUUUCUUUCUCUAUCUGAGAUGGGGCGACCAGGACUGCAUGCAGUACUCAAGGCAUCUGGCAACAAAGUCAGCAGACAGUCUGUGCUCUGCGGAAGCCAGAACAUAGUUCUGAAUGGAAAGACGAUAGUUAUGAAUGAUUGUAUUAUUCGUGGUGAUCUGGCAAACGUAAGAGUUGGACGCCACUGCGUUGUGAAAAGCCGCAGUGUCAUCAGGCCGCCUUUCAAGAAAUUCAGCAAGGGAGUUGCUUUCUUCCCUCUCCACAUUGGUGAUCAUGUCUUUAUAGAAGAAGACUGCGUUGUCAAUGCAGCCCAGAUCGGCUCUUACGUUCACAUAGGCAAAAACUGUGUCAUUGGUCGUAGGUGUGUUUUGAAAGACUGCUGCAAAAUUCUAGCCAACACAGUUCUACCCCCUGAAACCGUGGUCCCGCCUUUUACAGUCUUUUCAGGCUGCCCAGGGCUCUUCUCUGGAGAACUCCCAGAGUGCACCCAAGAGCUGAUGAUGGAUGUUACAAAGAGCUAUUACCAGAAGUUCUUGCCACUUACUCAGGUGGCCUCUGCCAGGGCCUAAAGACCAAGUCACCAGCGAAGACCUCACAAACGCAGCCCUGUUCAAAUCCCCUAGAUCUGGCCCUUUUAACCUCCGUCCUCUGGAGCAUCGCUCUGUCCGGGCUCGUCUCUGAACCUCUGCCUGCUGGCUAGCUGCACUGGCUGGAAUGAUGAAGUGUCCCUAGGUUGGUGCCUGCCACCACUGCCUCCUGGGAGUUGUCGUUUCCUGAUGUCUACCAUUAGCCUGAUACAGGAGAACGAACCACAACUUCCAAGAGGAGGCUUUGCUGCACAGGUCUGGAGCAAACGGCCACAGUGGAGCUAGUUGGCUUUGGGGGCAAUGGAGACUCUGCUACUGGAUUCCUCUGAUCAGGAACCUUUUAAAAACAUUCUCACUUGCUGAAACAAUAAACCAACCCUGCAUUCUGCCACCA